AGCUUUGGCACGAUGGCUCUCCUGUCUUUUUGGGCCUGCGUUCUAAUUGUCUGCUUUUCUCUUUCUUUAGGGGAAGCAGCCAAUCUCUCAGAUCUGUAUCCCCCACUAUGGGAGGAGAGUCCUGGUCAGUUCAGUGAGUACAGGGUGGAGAAUGGAAAGUCCAUUAUUAAUCCCUGGAUAUAUCCUGAGAGAAUGGGGAUGUAUAAAAUUUUACUGACCCAGACAGCCAGGUAUUUUGAAAAAUUUGCACCAGAAAAUGAAAACAAUAUAUUGUGGGGAUUGCCUCUGCAACAUGGCUGGCAAUAUAAUACAGGUCGAUUAGCUGAUCCCAGCCAGAGGACAGACUGUGGCUAUGAAUCUGGAGAUCGGUUGUGCAUCUCUGUGGACAGUUGGUGGGCUGACAUGAACUACUUCCUCUGUGCAUUACCCUUCCUUGCUGCGGUUGAUUCUGGCAUAAUGGGAAUAUCAUCAGAUCAAGUCAUACUCUUGCCACCACCCAAGGAUGAGAUGAAGUUUUGUGUUAAUGUUUCUACUUGCCAGUCAUCCAUUCCUAUAGCAAUGAGAAAGUGGAAUAUCUUCUACAAGCGUUUGCAGUCACCUUUCAGUAGCUUUGAGGACCUGCUGAAGUACUUAUGGGAUGCGCAUACCCAAACCUUGCAUGAUGUUUUCAAACUAUUUGAACACAGGUUGGAAUAUUAUUCUAAACCAGAAGCAGAUUUUGAGAGAACAUGGCUUGUGGAUGUGGACUAUAUAAGUGCAUUAAGGUUACCUACAACCUUGACCAGAAUAUAUGAAUUGCAGAAGAGUAUGCCCCCACGAAUGCUUGUGAAUGGGGAUAAAGUCCCCUUCAUCAGUGACUUUAGCCAACGUCAAAACGUAUUUCUGUUUAUUCUAAGUCUUGUUCGAGAUGUGAAUAACUGGACAGGUUCAUUAUCUUUGACAAUAUGGAAAUAUUUCCUGAAGACACAAAAUGCAAGAGUGAAAACUCUAGAGGUCAUAGAAACGAUUCUUGAAAAGUUUAAUUCAGCAUCUCCAGAGUAA